GAGUAUAACGGCCGGCGGGGGGCGGCUGUCCUUUCAAAGGGCAUCGCGGCGGCCGGCGGAGGUUGUCUCUUGGCGGACAGAGCAGGCGCCUGUGCUCUUCUGUGUGGUGACUCAGAAUGAUGGAUCAAGCGAGAUCAGCAUUCUCUAACUUGUUUGGCGGAGAACCAUUAUCAUAUACCCGGUUUAGUCUGGCUCGACAAGUAGAUGGCGAUAAUAGUCAUGUGGAGAUGAAACUAGCUGUAGAUGAAGAAGAAAUUGUUGAAAAUAACGUGAAGGGUAAUCAUGCCAGUGUCAAAAAACCAAAGAGGCUCAAUGGAUGCAUCUGCUAUGGAACUAUUGCUGUCAUCAUCUUCUUUUUGAUUGGAUUUAUGAUUGGCUACCUGGGCUACUGUAAGCGUGCAGAACUAAAAGGUGAAUGUGAGAGACUGGCAGCACCAGAGACCCAGGAAACAGAACCUGAUGAACCUGAAGAAAGUUUCGAACCUGAAGUAUCACCUCUCUUACUGUGGACAGACCUCAAAACAAUGUUGUCAGAAAAACUAAAUACUGUAGACUUUACCAGAUCCCUCAGGUGGCUGGGUGAAAGUUCAUAUACCCCUCGUGAAGCUGGAUCCCAAAAAGAUGAAACCCUUGCUUUCCUCAUUGAAAAUAAAUUUCGUGAAUUUAAACUCAGUCAGGUCUGGCAUGAUGAACAUUUUGUUAAGAUUCAAGUCAAAGACAGUUCUAGAAACUCAGUGACCAUACUGCGUACAAGUGGUGAUGCACCAUUCCUGUUGGAGAAUCCUGAUGGUUAUGUGGCAUAUAGUAAGGCUAAGACAGUUACUGGUAAACUGGUUCAUGCUAAUUUUGGCACUAAAAAGGACUUUGAAGAGUUAAAUUUUCCUGUGAAUGGAUCUCUAGUCAUUGUUAGAGCAGGGAAAAUCACUUUUGCUGAAAAGGUUGCAAAUGCUGAGAGAUUUAAUGCAAUUGGUGUCUUAAUAUACAUGGACCGGGCUGAUUUUCCUGUUGUUGAAGCAGAGCUCCCACUCUUUGGACAUGCUCAUUUGGGAACGGGUGACCCUUAUACACCUGGAUUCCCUUCUUUCAAUCACACUCAGUUUCCACCAUCUGAGUCAUCAGGAUUGCCUAAUAUUCCUGUCCAAACAAUUAGCAGAGCCUGUGCAGAGAAACUCUUUAAAGAUAUGGAAGAAGAGUGCCCAACAAGUUGGAAUGCUGAGUCUUCGUGUAAAUUGAAAAUAAAUAAGGAUAAGAUUAUAAAGCUGUCUGUAAACAAUGUGCUGAGUGAGAGAAGAAUUUUUAACAUCUUUGGAGUUAUUAAGGGCUUUGAAGAACCAGAUCGCUAUGUUGUAGUAGGGGCCCAAAGGGAUGCCUGGGGUCCUGGAGCUGCAAAAUCCAGUGUAGGAACAGCUCUCCUAUUGGAACUUUCCCGGAUAUUCUCUGAUAUGGUUUUAAAAGGUGGCUUUAAACCCAGGAGGAGCAUUGUCUUUGCCAGCUGGAGUGCUGGAGACUUGGGAGCUAUAGGGGCCACUGAAUGGCUAGAGGGAUAUCUUUCAUCUUUGCAUUUAAAGACUUUCACUUACAUUAAUCUGGAUAAAGCUGUUCUUGGUACCAAGAAUUUCAAGGUUUCUGCCAGCCCACUAUUGUAUUCACUUAUUGAAAAAACAAUGAAAGAUGUAAAAAAUCCAACUACUGGAUUGUCUCUAUAUCAGGAUAGCAAUUGGAUCAACAAAGUUGAGAAAUUUUCUUUGGAUAAUGCUGCUUUUCCUUUCAUUGCAUAUUCUGGAAUCCCUGCAAUUUCAUUCUAUUUUUGUGAUGACAAAGAUUAUCCUUACUUGGAUACUACUAUGGAUACUUACGAUGUACUAAAUAAGAGAAUUCCUCAGUUGAACAGAAUGAUAUGUGCAGCAGCAGAAGUGGCUGGUCAGCUUUUAAUUAAACUAACUCAUGAUGCUGAAUUGAACCUGAACUAUGAGAUGUAUAAUGACAAAAUACUUUCAUUUGUGAGGGAUAUGAACCAAUUCAGAGGAGUUAUAAAGGAGAUGGGUCUGAAUCUACAGUGGCUGUAUUCUGCUCGUGGAGACUUUGUCCGUGCUACUUCCAGACUAACAACAGAUUUAAAAAAUGCUGAGAAAGCAAACAAAUUUGUCAUGAGGGCCAUCAAUGACCGAAUCAUGAAGGUGGAAUAUAACUUCCUGUCACCCUUUGUAUCUCCAAGAGAUUCUCCUUUUCGACACAUCUUCUGGGGCUCCGGUUCUCACACUCUGUCAGCUUUACUGGAGAACUUCAAGCUGCGUCAAAUAAGUGGUGGUACUUUUAAUGACACGCUAUUGAAAACCCAGUUGGCUCUAGCAACUUGGACUAUCCAGGGUGCUGCAAACGCCCUCUCGGGUGACAUUUGGGACAUUGACAAUGAGUUAUAAUUGUGAGACCUUUAACAUAAGAACUUCAGAGUAGUGUGGGCUUGGGCUGGUUGUAGGGCUACAAAACCUAAUGCUGUUAAAAACUCUACCCAAACAUCUUGGUACUACUAGAUAUCUUUAGACAGCAGCUUUUUAUACUGGGUAGGUACCUGCACUUCAAGUUAAAGUGAAUAACCACUAAAAAAAAAAAAAAUGUUCACGAUAGAAUAUUUUUCUCUGAUUAUCUUCAGGAUUUUAAGUGCUUUGUAAUGGUAACUGCCUCUUUCCUUUUAUGAAAAUGUUAUGAAAAAGUCAGACCAAUUAUGUGAACUGUUACUCAACAUCCUAAACACCUGAAUUGUAUCUUUUGAGGUGGAGGAGGAAGAUGUUGUCUUUGUUAAGAUUAAAAGUAAUAGCUUAGUAUGAUCCUCCAUCAUCACUUGAUGCUAGAUAGGAAGUACUGGUUUGUAAGACCUUAUUCUCCAAAUGAAAGAUAGGCCUUUCUUUAAGGAUUUAGUUGGUUUUCACCUGAAUGAAACAGUUAACUUUCGGAAGAGAUAGAAGUUGUUUCCUUGCCAAUGAAGUCUGAAAUAGAGGUUCUUCAGUAAGGUUCAACUGUUUUAUCACAGGAGUAAGGCCUUAAUAUGUUAACCUCAAGUGUUUUUGAAAAGAGGAGACCAGAAGCCAAAGACAACGUAUUUUAUUUCCCUCUGUUCCUACCCCAUAGGCUUUUAAGUUUUUUGUUUCUAUUCCAAAAUAUUUUAAAAGUGAAUCCGUCUUAGGUGUUAAACUCAGUUUGUCAGACUUUAAAUAACACACUGCCAAAUUUUGGCCAAAGUGUUACUGUUUUUUGAAAAGCUUUCUAUCAUUUUGGCACUGAGAUAUUUAUUGUUUAUUUAUCAGUGACAGAGUUCACUAUAAAUGGUGUUUUUUUUAUAGAAGAUAAUUAUCGGAAGCAGUGCCUUCCAUAAUUAUGACAGUUAUACUGUCGUGUUUCUUUUUUUUAAAAAAAUAAAAGCAGCAUCUGCUAAUAAAACCCAACAGAUACUGGAAGUUUUGCAUUUAUGGUCAACAUUAGAGGGUUUUAGAAAAUGGCUGCAAGCCAAGUAAAUUAUACAGGUAAGUAUUGGAGAAGAAAUAAAUUUAACAGAGUUUCCUAGUUAAGCUAUGUUUCUGCUUAGCCAACAAGAUAAAAAUACACUUCUCCUAAAUACAAUGAAUUGUAACCAAGUAAAAUAAUAAUGUCACUUUAAGAGUGAUAAUACACAUGUGUGCAAAAUUCUACAGCUAAGUUUAUCUAAGGUAUAACUUUAGUUCAAAUUUUGCAAAAUUUCCAGUACCUUUGUCACAAACCGAACUCACAUUAUCGGGAGCAGUGUCUUCCAUAAUGUAUAAAGAACAAGGUAGUUUUUGCCUACCACAGUGUCUAUAUCGGAGACAGUGAUCUCCAUAUGUUACACUAAGGGUGUACAUAAUUAUCGGGAACAGUGUUUCCCAUAAUUUUCUUCAUGCAAUGACAUCUUCAAAGCUUGAAGAUCGUUAGUAUCUAACAUGUUUCACAGCUCAGUAUAAUUCUCUAUCUUUAGUUUUAGUUGCAGAAACAUUUUGUGGUCAUUAAAAUUCUACACUAUAAAAUAAGAUUGCUUACUUUAAGAUUCUUCGUUUCUAAACCUAACGUGGGUAUAUUGUUGUAUUUGUGAUUUCUCCAAGGCCUUCUGUUUAGCAGGAAAUUAGCAUACAUUUAUAAUGUUUGCUGUUGACAAAUGAAUUGAAUUUUUUCCCUUAUUUGCAUGUUAUCCUAGAAACUUAGUAUGUGCAAGUUUGAACCCAGAAUUGACUUUUUGGCUUAAAGCAAGGAAAGUAUAGGAGGUUUGGGGGAUAGGGUAGAGAAUAAAGGUUGUGAGGAGGCAAAGCUUGCAAAAGGAUCUUUGAUCAUAUCAUAUCCAUUGGUCUGGUCAAACUACAUGUGGUCUGCGGGUACUUGAGUAAGGACCUUAUUUUCUAGUAACCAGCUAUUCAAAGGCUACCAUCUAGGAAACAGUUCAUAGGGUCUCUUAAGGUUUUAAAACUUAGCAUGUCUUACCACAGUUAAAAUAGAUAAUUACAGCCUUAUGAGUUUUCAACUACUCAGUCUUUUUUUAGUCUUUUAGUAUUCCCCCCCCACCCCCCAGGGGGUGGUGAGUGCCAGGGAGUGAACCCAGGGCCUAUCUGUGUGAGGCAUGAGCUCCACCUCUCUGCUACAUCCCCGGCCCCUCAGUCAGUGUUUUAUCUAGAAUUGAUACCUAGCAUGGCUCAGUGAAAAGGUCACUGAGUCUGGUGAUGUAGUGUAGCUGGGAUUCCUGGUUUGUGUUAUUAAGCUUCAUCUUAAUGAAAGCACAGUGACUUCAUUGAAAGCAUAGUAUGAAUAAUGGGCAUAUACAUUUUUACAGCAGUUUAUAAUGUCAAGUAAAAACCUCCUCUGUAAGACUGGAUUAUUUCUACUGAAACAAGCCAGUAAAUAGUAAGAGGCUUAUUAUUUCUGAAUAAAAUGUAUGUCUGACUACUGACUACAUGCUAGUGUUCAUAUUUUCCUGGAUAAUCGAUACCAUGUGUAUUUUGAAGAUAAAAGAGUACAAUGAGUGAGUUCUGUCAUGAUUCACAACUCCAGGACUUGCAUGACUUUUUUUUUUCUCUUAGGUUGUUCUUGCAAACUUUUGACUGACGGUGGCUUGUUAAGCUUGCCAAUCUUGUUAGACUUGCUCAGCUAUUAUCUUUGUUAACAAAUGAUAUGGUGUGCCCCUAUAAAUCAUAUACAAGCCAGUAUGUGCACAAUGUGGAGAUUCCAAUCUGAUUUAAUAAAAUGCUUCAACGCUGA